UUAAUCACGUAGCUUGGUGAUAACCUGUAACGUUUGCUGUGAAGAAUAGAAUGUUGUUUGAAGAUGUCUAUGUAUGCUGUUAACUCACACUGAGGAUGAAGCGGGGUGGUUAGAACCACGGAUCACUUCUGGUCUACAUCGUUAUCCGUGGUCUUCAUGUUGAAAAUCUCCGAUGUUAUGACACGUUACGUGAACCAUGCACAGUUGGCAGGGUUGGCAGUGCAGGUGCUCACGUGAAAACGCGGCAGCCAACAGAAGUACUGGACCUGAAUGUUGACAACGUGUUAAAUGUUAUCGUGAGAGUUUUGAAAAAUGGUGCUGGAUUUAGAUCUUUUUCGUCCUGAGAAAGGCGGCGAUCCUGCGAAGAUAAGAGAAAAUCAGGCGCGCCGAUUUAAAGAUGUAGCUUUGGUAGAUAAAGUUGUGGAGAAAGAUGUCGUAUGGAGGAAGCUACGCCACAAAGCUGACAACUUUAAUAAACUGAAAAAUCUAUGUAGCAAGGAAGUAGGAGAGAAGAUGAAGGCAAUGGGAAGAAACAAACAUGAAAUACCUAAUCAUACAGAUACUUGUAACAGUAGAAUAAAUCUAGCUUUUGGUGAUCUUGACACUGAUGCUGGCAUGAGUGCUCUGAAUGAGUUUAUGUCUGAUAAAAGCUAUGUUGGUGGCUUUCUUCCAUCACAAGCAGACACAGUACUUUUUGAAGCUUUCAGAGCCCCUCCUCUGCAUACUCACCCCCAUGCUUUGCGAUGGUUUCUACAUAUACAAAGUUUUGGUGAUGACAAGAAAAACUUUCCAAUUUCUGUUCAGCGGAAAGAAUCAACUGGUGAUGAUGACAGUGUCCCAGAAAAUAUACAGAGGAAUUUGGAUUCUCUUACAUCAGAAAUGCUGAAGCCAUUGACUGUAGCUCAGCUGAAGAAAGUUCGUGUCCUCAUUGAUGAUGCAAUCCAACAGAACGAUGUGGAUCUGCAGCAGACAGAGAAAGAACGAAAUAAUGCCUUGCGUGAAAUUGGGAACCAUCUUCAUGAUUCAGUUCCUGUCAGCAAUGAUGAGGAUGAUAACAGAGUAGAAAGAGUAUUUGGAGAUUGUGCACAGAAGAAAACAUAUUCACAUGUCGAUCUGAUUCAUAUGAUUGAUGGAAUGGAUGGAGAAAGAGGUGCACUAGUGUCUGGAGGAAGAGGAUAUUACCUGAUGGGACCAGCUGUUUUCUUGGAACAAGCCCUAAUCCAGUUUGCACUGAGAAUGCUUCUUGAACAUGGUUAUAAACCAUUGUACACUCCAUUCUUUAUGAGAAAAGAAGUCAUGCAAGAGGUGGCACAGUUAUCCCAGUUCGAUGAAGAAUUGUACAAAGUUAUAGGGAAAGGAAAUGAGAAAACUGAGGACAAAGACAUUGAAGAGAAGUAUUUGAUUGCUACUUCAGAGCAACCUAUUGCAGCUUUCCAUCGUGAUGAAUGGAUUGCGGAACUGAAGUUGCCAAUCCGUUAUGCUGGAAUUUCCACCUGUUUUCGACAGGAAGUGGGUUCUCAUGGUCGAGACACUAGGGGCAUCUUCAGAGUUCAUCAGUUUGAGAAGGUGGAGCAGUUCUGCUUGACAUCACCACAUGACAACAAAUCAUGGAAAAUGAUGGAUGAAAUGAUAUCCAAUGCUGAGGCUUUCUACCAAGCACUACGUAUACCAUAUCGCAUUGUCAACAUUGUGUCUGGUGCUCUGAACCAUGCUGCAGCCAAGAAACUUGAUCUUGAAGCUUGGUUCCCAGGAUCUGGAGCGUUUCGGGAGCUGGUCUCUUGCAGCAACUGUCUGGAAUAUCAGGCAAGGAGAUUACUAGUUCGUUAUGGCCAGACAAAAAAGAUGAAUGCUCAGACUGACUACGUUCACAUGUUGAACGGCACAAUGUGUGCUACAACUCGAGUUAUUUGUGCCUUGUUAGAAGUUUACCAGACUGAAACAGGCAUCAAGAUUCCAGAGGUACUCAAACCAUACAUGCCAACAGUUUACCAGGAGGAAAUUCCAUUUGUGAAACCAGCACCAAUAAAUGAAGUUGAGACUAAGAAGCAUAAGAAGCAAAAGGAAGGAAUGAAGAAAAGAGAUGCUGGGGAAGAAUGAUGAGAUAUGUAAUAUCACAGCUAAAAGCGAUGGUGUGUUGAAUGAAAAUUGUGAUCUAAACUGAAUACAAAAUUUAAAUACUGGCACUGGUGUUAAGGUUGUGUGUGAUUUGUAUAAUAUUUAAAUAAAAACUGAUAUCAUUGAUCA